AUGUUUAGAACAAUAAGAUUAUUACCAAAAUUAAUAAGAUUAACUUAGAUGGUAACUUGUUAUACUCUCAUUUAUAAUUAAUAGUAAUAUUUGAGAUGUUCACAAAUUAAUACUUAAUCGAUCAAAAUUGUAAAUGAGAAAGAUGUGAAUGCAAUAUUAGCAAAUCCAUAAUAUUUCUCAAAUACAAUUAUUAUUUUAAAUAGAAAUAUUAUAGAUGAUAUUCCAAAACAUUUAUCAGUCAAAUUCUAAAUAUUUGAUGGCACAUUUAAUGAUUAUGAUUUAAUAGCAGUCAAUAAUCAUAGAUGUCUUCUCUUAAAAAUUAGAGGAGAAGAAGACUAUUUAAAAUUACUAAAUUUUUUUACACCAUUAUAAACAUUGAAUAGUAAACAAGAUGCUAUUAAUCUUAUUGAUCAAAUGGAUGCUAAAAUAGUAUUGAGUUACAUUCCUUAAUAAAAUAUAGUAAAAUAGGAAGAACCAAUUAAUAAAUUUGAUACUUUCAAAUAACGUAAUUAUAAGGAUCCUUAAUAAUUAGAGGAACAAUUUAGAGAACUUAGAUAUCUAGAUUAUAAUCGAGAAGCAUAAUAUUAUAUAAUUAAAGAUAAAAAAGUUGCUGAAGAAUUCAGUCUUUCAUCUAAUGAUAUAGGAGAAGUUUAUGUACUCAAAUAAACUAGUAUCUUUAAUGCUAAAGAAUCGUCUUUUUUUCAUAAUUCUAAAGAAUACUGUAUGAAUAAAAUUGAACCUGAUCCUAAUUUAGAAACAGCAGAUACUUUUAGAAUGAAAAAGAAAUAUCAUUCUCUAUCUGGAUAUAUUAGAGAAUCUCAAGAAUUUCCGGUCUAAUAAUUAAAUUUAUAGAAAUUUGUAUAAAGAUUGACUCUUACUGCUAAUAAUUAUGUGAAUUAUGUUUUUAAUAAAUAAUAAAUGGAUUCCUAAUUGCUUAUUUAUAAACAAAUUGGAGUUUAAUAUAUUCUUCUUUAUCAUUCUCAAAAUGAACUCAAUCAAAAAAUUAUUAAAAAACUAAUUAAUGUUAAAAAAUCUAUGAAUAUUAAAUAAUAAUAGUAAUUUGCUAUCAUUUAUUCAGAUAAUCUUGAUCUAAUUUAAUCUUAUUUUGGAUUAGUUAGUAAUGGAAUUUCAGAUGAUGUUAGAUUAAUUGAUCUUAAUUCACAUUAAACCUAUAAAACAUCUUAUAAAAUUGUCUAAUUAGGAUCAUUUAAUAAAAAUGAUAACCAAUAUAAAUAAUGUAAGAGAUACUCUUUUGGAGAUAAAGUCACUGUUAAUAGAUUAAAACAAUUUAUUGUUUAAACUACUAAUUUUCACAUCUAAAAUGUACAACCAACAUAAAACUAUAUAGAAGAAUAUUAUGAAAAAACAUUUGUUAAGGUUCCACUUCAAAAAUUAAAAACCAUCACUGCAUAAUCCUUAAAAAUGACACGAUUGACAGGAUUUGAUUUUAUUUAUUUUUAUAAGCCAGGUUGUGCUGCUUGUAAUAUAGUUGCUGAAACCUUAGAUAAAAUUGCUGACAAUUUAUAUAAUCCUAAUUCUUAUAGAGUUAACAACAUUUCUAAUUUUCAAAAAAUCUCUUUAAAAAAGUAUUAAGCAUAUUAAUAAAUAGAUAUAAUAUAUUAAAUGAAUCCGAGUUUUUGCCAUCUCCAAUUUAGGCUCCUUUAAUCUAUGUUUUCUAAAAUGAAAAAAUUAAAUAAGCAGAUUUAGUAUAAAAUAAGAUAAAUCCAGGAGAUGAAUCAAAAAUGCUUAACUUCUUAACCAAGUUCAUAGAAAAUCUUUGAAUAUUA